AUGGCCGAUCCGGAGAACAAGAAUCGAGGGCCGAGGGCAUGUCUUACAUGCGCGAAAGCAAAGGCGCGAUGUGUUCCCGGGCCUGAAGGGUCGGGCAAAUGCGAACGCUGCCACAGGCUGCACAAGUCCUGCGGAAGCCAAACACCCGCUCCGCCGCGAGCAAAAAAAGUCGCAAAGACCACGCGCGUGGCCGAGCUCGAGAAGAGACUCGACCAGCUCACGUCGCAGCUCAACGCCAACCCGCACGUAACACCCGGCGAAUCAGCCGGCAUGCGCGGAUGCUUCACCUACCAUCCGUAUCCGUAUCCCUACGCGCACCUCUUCCCCGGGUUCGAGAAACCCGAGGAGCCGGCCCAUCCUCGUCCUGCCCUUCCGCAAUGUCCCCUGCAACAAGGCGGGCCGGCCACGCCAAGCACCUUGACCGAAGACUCCUCCCCUUCCUCCACGGCGGGCGGGGAGAGCAGCACCACGCGCGAAUCAGCGCCCGCACCACCCCUGACGCUAUGGCCGAAUCCCCAAGAGGCCAAGGCGAUGCUGGAAGAGUACCAGGAGGCCAGGGCGCAUCUCUUUCCGUUCGUAGUCAUCCCGCCGCAGGUGAGCGAGGAGGAGCUGAGGGUGCAGAGGCCGUUCAUGUGGAAGGCCGUGAUGAUGAUUCAGAGGAUGCUGGAUGGCACGGGGCAGAUUACCAUGGCGACGGAGUUGUUGGGGGAUAUCAGUCGGGCGGCGUAUAUCCAGUCAGAGAAGAGUUUGGAUGUUUUGUUGAGUUUGCAGCUUUUGAUUGCCUGGAUGCAUUACUCGAUUAAUGGGUUCCAGUUGACGAAUAUGCUGUUUCUGUGCUCCAAGGCUCCCUCAUCGCCGACGCGGUGCGCCUCGCUAACAACCAACAGCAUCUUCACAACAGAAAAGCUUCCCGACGCCCUCAUGAACACCACAUACCUCGACACCUGCUGCACCAUCCUCUCCGAAAAGAAAGAAUACCCCAACGACGAACUCCUCGUCUACCUCGUCCGCAUCCAGAAACUCUCCCAAACCAUCGCCUUCACCGUCGGCACCAACACCAAAUGCUCCUCUCUCCCCUCCAUGCACCUCCCCCUCUUCAUGGCCGUCCAAUCCUUCCAAGAGCAGCUCGACGCCUUCAAAGCCAGCCUCCCCGCCUACCUGCAAGACCACCCCUCCCUCGUCUGCCGCACCGCCAUAGCCCAGGUCCUCCUCUACGAAGUCGCCAUCGCCGACCCACGGCUCACGAAACCGCCCUCCCCGUCUUUCCUCGUCACGAACACGGAGCGUCUGGAACUCCUCUGGCGCUGCGCAAACUCCGUCCGCGAAUUCUUCGAUUGCAGGUUCGCUCCCCCCUGCGAUAUCACGCGCCCGCGCUUCAUCGCCCUCAACGCCUCAGACUUCGUCUACGCGGCGCAGGUGACUCUACGACUCGUCAUCCUCCGCGCCCCCGGUUGGCACACGAACGUCGUGCUCGAGAAGCUGCGGCCGAGCCACUUCGUCGACUGCGUGUCGAGCGAGAUAGAGCAGCUCAUCGAACGCAGGAGCCAGAGUAAAUGGCACAUGGAGAUGCGCUCGCGGGGUCUCAUCCCGAAGCUCGUCGACCCUUUCGAGAAGCUGCAUUGUUCGCUACGCCAAUACAAGGGCAUGUUGUUUAAGGAGUUGGCGAAGAAUAACGCGCCGGCGGCGGAGGCGGAGAGAGUGGCGGAGGGGGGCGGCCCAAAGACGGCAGCGCAAAUGUAUGCGGAGCAGAGGCCUCUUGUGGCGGGGCCGAUGGUUAUGGAUGUUGAUAUGGAUAUGGGGGUUGAUAUGGCGGGGUUGGAUGAUUUUAAUCUUACGCAGAUUGAUUUGAUGGCGUAUGAUGUUGAUAUGUUGGCGUGGGAUUGGGGAGCUGCCGGGCAGUGA